GACAGUUGGGGAAUAAUAGAGGAAAUUAUGUCAUCAACUUCAAUAGAGGUCGAACCGAAAAACUUUUACCAAGAAAAAGCGGAGUGUAUGACAUACUUACGGAAAAUCAUCGUGGAAAAAAUAUUGGCGAAUGGAAAUGUUGACCUAGCUGAAAUGAAACGCUUACAUUCGUGCAGAGAUAUAUUCGAAGAGAGUGUAAUUUUGAGCUCGCUGGAUUUGCUAAAAGUUGACAAUAUGUUUUCGCUAAUUCCGAAACUAAUAAAGUCGAUGAUAUACUUCUUAGCUGAAUUGAAUGCAGAGUUGAAGAACUGGUCAGAACAUUCCUGUCUGUCUGGUGCGUACAGCAGUAUUCUGUCGAACGUACCUUUAUUUUAUGAAUACAAUAGCAUCAUAGCCAUCGUAUUGAACAUACUGCAGGGUAAUGAAGGGAUUGAGUCCUACAACGCUACAAUGAAGAAGGUGAUGCCAGAGAUUGAGACUGCAUUUACCGAUUUGCUCCAUUGUCCAACCAUCGCUCACUACAGGGUUUACUUCGGUUUGAAGGAAUUAUGCAAGUACACAUCACGUGAGCACACGGACUAUUUUAUUUUGAAAGAAACUCGCGCAAAUAUGAGAAAACACUCAUGUUUUGUACCCCCGGAUAUCCAUAGACUACAUCUUAUCAAGUCCGGUUAUGCAGUUCAAAUAGACAAAAACAAACGGAAGCUACGUUUCCUUUUUUUGUUUCCGAAAAACCUCAUCAUCACCAAACUCAAGAUAAAAUCCAACUGUGCAUUUUUUCAUACAAAAGGCAUCAUUCGAUUGGGCAAGCGGAUGGUAACUAUUGAAUCGAAGGAUGAGAUGACGACGCAUCAGUUCUAG